AUGUAUUUCAACCCGUUGCCUCCCAAUGACCAAGAAAAAGGCCCGCGGUUUUCAAUAAAUCUUCUACUCAAUCCAACCGAAGACGCCGCAUCUCACCCUCUUCAGACUGAUCCAUCUGCUACGUCGCUACCAUACCACAAGAGAGUGGCAGAAGGGUGGUUAAACUCCACCGCCGGAACUCCAGGUGGCCGCACAGCUCUCCUACCAAUACGGACAUCAACAUCUACAACGCUUUCUCGCCCUCCUCAGAGAACUUCCGAAGUAGUACUACCACCACUGGGUUCUCUGAACCUAUUGACGAGCCCGGGCCCCAAGCCUCGGCCCACUUCUUCUUCUUAUCAAGACUAUCAAGACCACCACCAGUUCCAUCAGCAUGGGAAUAAAUACAGGCAUCGCAGCAGCCCAGGCAGCUGUAGCAGCAUGACAGGGAGGUCACGUUCAACAUCUCCAACUACACCUUCUCAUUCAAAUAUUCCUUACACCCUUGAGCAAGUACACUUCAUUCAGUACUACCGAGAGGACAAGAAAGUGCAAUGGCAAGCAAUCGUCCAGCCCUUCAAGAGACAGUUCCCGCGGGUCGUCGUCCACCAGAGCAGCAGCAACAGUCCAAAGCGUGGAAAGGGAGCUCUGGAAUGCCGCUACUACCGGGCGCAAAUGUACCCCAGAAUCGAUGACGAGGGUAAUUUCGUCCGCGACCAUAAUAACGAAUAUGAGAUGGUGAACAUCAGAGUGCGAGAUAGGCCAAUCCAUCCCCACAAAGCCAUUCUUGAAGAUUAUAUCAAGCUGGUAACGAGGUGUCCGGAGGAGGUACUCAAGUACUCAUGGACGGACGACAAGGACAAAGCAGAGGCCAGACAUAUCAUUGCCAAUCGUACAAGACAGGGCAGAGGGGAACUUCCAGGAGCUAUUAUUCGCGUUCGAACAACAACAUUCUGA